AUGUUCACCUCGUAUGCAGAUAACUUGCCGUACCUGGACAUCGGCGAGCAAUUAGAGUCACUGCUCUUCAGCACUGAGCAGCCUCUCCGGUCGGACCAGGUAAUCCCAUGUGUUCCGGGUGGCUUUUCAAAAUUCAACGGCAACGAAACGGCGCCGGUCAAUCAAUUGCCUGUGGGCCUGUCAAGCAACUCUCUCGGACUUGACUUUGGCAUCAAGACGGAUACCACAGUCCCAACCGUAUACCCUCACCAUCUGUCUCUAUAUCCAACUCCUUACAAUGGCUUCCCUUCAUCGCCUUCAUUCAUUGGACCUCUCGCAUUCGAACUCUCCCCCAGCGGAGUAUCUCAAUUUAUGGAUGCAGAGCACUCCACGUACAGUCUACGUACCCAGCUCAAUCAGACUUUGAUCUCCUCUCCGGUCUCGUUGCACCCUCCACACACCAAUGAUCAGAACGUGGGUGGUGUAGUCGGAGGUAUACCCACCUCUGCCUCUUUAUUCGUAGCACGGACACCCACUCACAACGAUCGUUUCUCUCCCUAUUCCUCCCCGUCGCUCUCGGUCUCGUCGUCAUCUUCAUCGCUGUCCUCCUCUCCCAAUUCUCCGUUCACGCCUUCCCGCUCGCGUGCUCAUACCUCUUACCGCCGUGCCCGAGGGAACGCGCGGCCGCGGAAUAUCCAGCUACCUGUUACAGACAGUGACAUCUCUACGGCCGUCCAGGACGGUAAGACCGCUUGCACGGUGCUCGGCUGCAGUUUUGUGGCUUCACGCGGGGCUCGGACUGAUCUGGCGAGACACAUGGAAACCCAUCGGACGACCACGAAUCAGGACAAGUGGAAGUGUUGGGGUGUGCUUGCGGACAGUCAAGCGGUGGCAGAAGGGCGGGCAUACGAACACAAAGGACGACUGUUGACUGGGGGAUGCGCAAGGGGAUUCAGCAGGAAGGAUGCGCUGAGUCGGCAUAUCAGAAGCGAGAAGAACGACUGUAUUGGAGACUUGCGGUUGGCUAAGGAGCUGAGCAGGAGUUAG